AUGAGUGUACCCAAUGAGGGUGUUGAGGUGUACGUCCGCACCAGACCCACAGCACAAUUUGCCCAAGAGCUCAUUGAAUACUUGCCUGAUAAACAGACGGUGAAUGUACGGCACAGAAAGAAUUCCAGGAAAGGGGUGUUGAAUAAUCAGAUGAGUGCUUGGACGUUUCGGCUUAACGGGGUGCUGCACAACAUAUCACAGGAAGAAGUCUAUGAACAGGUCGCACACAGUGUGGUGCUUGGAGCUCUGGAGGGUUACAAUGGCACCGUUAUGUGCUUUGGGCAGACUGGGGCUGGAAAGACCUUCACAAUGACUGGUGCGACUGAGAGUUAUAAACAACGAGGCAUCAUCCCUCGUGCCAUACAGGAGGUGUUCCAUGAGAUUGAUAAUCGUGUCGAUCACAGUUUCUCUGUGCACCUCUCCUUUCUGGAGAUUUACAAUGAGACUUUGGUGGACCUUCUCGCCUCAGUAAAAGGGGGGCAGAUGAAACACUGCGGACCCUUGGCUGUGGUGGAAGAGCCAGAGGGCGGGGUUUCAGUAAAGGGGCUGUCCUUACAUCCAGUUCACAGAGAAGAGGAGGCACUAAACUUGCUAUUUGAGGGAGAGAUGAAUAAAAUCAUAGGAGAACAUGCCCUCAACAAGAACUCAUCCCGGUCACACUGUAUCUUUACUAUCUACAUUGAGUCUCGCUCUCGCACACUGUCAAACGCGACAUACGUCACGUCCAAACUGAAUCUGGUGGACCUUGCAGGUUCGGAGAGGCUGAGCAAAACUGGGUCCGAGGGUCAGGUGCAGAGAGAGGCCCUGUACAUUAACAGAUCUCUUUCCUUCCUGGAGCAGGCCAUCUUGGCCUUGGCUGACCAGCGCAGAGAGCAUGUGCCCUUUCGACAAAGCAAACUGACACAUGCUCUUAAAGAUUCUCUCGGUGGAAACUGUAACACGGUGCUGGUGGCCAACAUUUAUGGCGAGGCAGCACAGAUUGAGGAGACGCUCUCCACUCUCCGCUUCGCAGCCAGGAUGAAGUGUGUGUGCACCGAGCCAUCUGUCAACAAGCACAUCAACCCUGCUCUCCAGGUCCAAAUCCUGCAAAAGGAAAUCCAACUUCUGAAGCAGGAGCUUUCCUUUCACAACACACUGGCCAGUCAGGCUCCUGUGACAUACGAGGACCUGUCAGAGACACAGCUAGCGAUGGUAAAGAGUGAGGUUCAGAGGUACCUGGCUGGCACACUGGAUGAGAUCACGAUUGUGAGCAUUCGACAAAUCCAAGCAGUAUUUGCCCAGUUUAAAAAAGCUUUCCAGGAGCAGGAACAGCGGCUGAAAGAGCAGAAGUGCAUUGUGGUGGAGAAUCCUCGGAGCACCCUGCCCACUGCUGAUGCUCAAGUGCAGGAGCCUGUCGAGGAGGUGGAGGGUGAAAACAGGCUCGUUGUGCCUGCACUCUCGCAGAGACAGCGUGUGUCACCCGGCAGAAGCAAAGGCAAGAAGCUCAAAGAGAGCAGCAGAAAAAACAGUCAAGGGAGCACAGUCCCGGGCGAACAUCUCACCAAGACUCAGAGCGAGACAGAGAUCCUCAUUCCUCCGAGUGCAGCUGAGGAGGAGAGUGCCAGAGAUGAGGCUAAGAAGAGAAGCGAGUAUGAACUCAUCACUCUUCCAUCUAAAGUGGAAGCAUUUGAAAUCUAUAAGUCAGAGAGGGGCCAUGAGAUCAACCGCAUCCUGAAGGAAAACAAGUCCGUGCUGAAAGAACGUCUGGUGCAACUCCACAACCUCACAGGGAUCAUCGACUCCAUUAAACAGGACAUUGACCACAUGAGCUCUGAAAUCCAGCUGUUUAGAGAACAGAGGCAGAGUCAGGGCCAGUUGGUGAGUGCAGAUGGGGAGCCCGUGCAGGAUGAAUCUGAGGUAACCCUGCUUAUAAAACUCAGAGGCGCCAAGGAUCAGUACAGGCAGAACUAUGAGGAACUGCUCAGCACCAAAGCCGAGGUCCAGUACUGCAGACAUCUUGUGGACCAGUGUCGUGUGCGCCUGUUCACCGAAUUCGAGAGCUGGUACAACGAGUCCUUCCCGCAACCAGACGAGGUUCGGUCCAUCUUCAAAGAUGGGGGAUCUGUUGGACCAGGUUUGAUCCACGUGGACAAAACUUUGGCUUUGGAAGAUGAUGAGCAGGAGCACUCUGAACAUACCAGGCUGGUUGAAGACAGUCCCAGUGUCGCAUCCUUUAAUAAUGCAUAUAACAGGACAGUAUAG